AUGGCCCAGCUGCAACCGGGGCAGCGGGUUCGUGACGACUACGGCGCUGCCGCCACGGAAGCGCGCGCGGACAUCGACGCGGUGGGUGGCGCGGAGCCCAUUGGCAGCAGGGGCGACUGCGGUUGCGACUCGGAGGCCGCGCGUCGACGCGCGGACGGGCAGGCGCCGCACCCUGACGCGGCGCGUCGCGGCGCGUGCGCGUGUCGCUUCUGCAGCUGGCGGUUCGACUCAGACGACGAGUCGGACUGCGAUCGCCCCUGCUCCGCUCAGGACUCGCCGCGCUUCCGCCCGCAACCCGUGCAGUGCGGGUGGCAGGGGGCUGCGGAAACAGUCGUCCGGGGAACGGCGCUGGGGGGAGCAGAGCUGGGGGGAACGGCGCUGGGGGGGAAGACGGGUGGCGGAGGGAGGGCGGAGGGCGAAGGGGCAGGUGGGGGAUGUGGGGACGAAGAGGGGCUAUGGAUGGGCGGAAGGGGAACUUACCCUGCGGGACGAUUCGUGGGGAGCGAUGGGGAGUGUGUGGUGCUGGCAGGUUGGGAUGGGUGCUGCGUGCUGCUGGACUCGAGCACUCUGCAGCAGCGAGCAUUGUUCCGGCCACCACCAGGGAUGCAGCUAGCAGAGCCAGCAGCAUGCCACGUGGUGGCGGCACCAUCACACGAUGGGCUCACAGCGCGUCUGCUGCUCGCCACGUCGCGCUCGCACGCCGCCUUCUGCUGCUGGGACCUCCUCUCCUCCCUCCUCGUCUCCUGCUUCCCCCCUCCCAACCCCACCGCCUCGCCCUCGCCCUCACCUGCGCCCUCGCCUGCGCCCUCGCCUGCGCCCUCCCCUGCGCCCUCCCCUGAGCCCUCCCCUGCGCCCUCCCCUGCGCCCUCCCCUGCGCCCUCCCCUGUGCCCUCCCCUGCGCCCUCCCCUGCGCCCUCCCCUGCGCCCUCCCCUGCGCCCUCCCCUGCGCCCUCGCCUGUGCGCUCACCGGGCUCCUCGCCCAUGAAUAGUCGCGUUCCCUCAGCACCACCACCAGCACCCACUGCUACGGCCGCAAACUGCUCCCCACUGUCCUCUCGUUGCCCCUCCUCCCACCCCUCGCCUGUGUACCACACGCCAUUCACCUGCUGCCCCUCGUCCUCCCCCCGUCAGCCACCGCCGCACCACUCACCCUGCCACAGCCACUCGCCACCUCAUGCCACGUCACCAUCGCCCCACGCACCCCUCCCCACUGUCCCCCCCGUCCUUCCUGCCUCCCCUGCCCCCGCCGCUUUCCCUACUGCUGCUGCGCCUAAGCCAGCAGGCACACAAGGAGUGGCCUCAGCAACCGCAACAGCAGAGGGGGCAGUGCUCGCACCCCAAGCGAGGCCCUCGGCCAUGCCGUCACCACCCUCCCCUGCCCCGUCUCCUCUCCCCAGCGCGCUAGCAGCGGUGCCUCGUACAGAUGUAACAGGUCACUGGUGUAGCAGGAUGGCGUCAGGGCAUGGCGCACUGCACAUGGCAUGCAGCUCGGCACUCGCAGGCAGUGCAGUGGGGCGGGGCAGCACGGGGUGUGCAGGUGCAAGCGAGCAUGCGGGGAGGUGCGCAGCAGAGGAGGGCAGUGUUGAGUUGCACCACUCACGCGCGGCACACCUCUGCUGCCCACCCCAACCUGCACGCAUGCACCACCGCCUCGCACCGCAGCACACCGCUGCUCCACCGGGUGGUAAAGUGCCGCUGACUCCACCUGCCUCUGAAACCCCCUCCCUCACUCCGCCAACCCCCCAACCCGCCUCCCUCCCCACCCCAUCCCCGCACCCGUCCCCACUCCCAUCGCCGCCAAACCUGCCCGCCCACCCUCCGCCGCCCGCACCGCCAUCCUGGAAGCACCUCGCGCCGCCCGAAUGGCACGCAGCCCCAUACGGUGCAUCGCUGGCGAUGGUGCAGGCGGGCGGCAGCGACGUGCGCAUCUGGGACGUGCGGGACGGGGGCGUGGCGGUGAGCAUGCAGACGGAGGGCGCGGUGGAGCGCAUGGCGAGCUGCUCUCCUAUUCUGUGGCUGGACGAGGAGCGCCUCGUCGUCGUGGAGGAGGGCGGCAGCGUGGGGCUGUGGCACGUGGCGGGUGGCGAGGCAGUGCUGUUCCACCACGUGCAGCUGCUGGACCCGUGGGGCGAGGCUGAGCGCGUGUGCGCCGUUGCUGUCAUGCCGGGGCGGCGCUGCAACAAGCGCCUCUUCCCCUCGCUGUCAGUGCUGCUGCCUGAGCUCAUUGCACUGUGCCUACUGCAUCCAUCGCUGCGUCAUUCGCUCAACCCCUUUUUUCCUUCUUCUCACUCUUGUGGUGCUCGACCUUUGCCAUUCUCCAUCCUCCCCCCACCACCCCACUCAUCUGCGCCCCCCACUCAUCUGCGCCCCCCACUCAUCCCCGCCCCCCACUCAUUCCCCAUCUGCCCACCCCCCCACCCUCCACCACCACUCCCAGACGCCAUGUGUUUCGCGGGCACGUCUCUCUUUGUGGCGCUGCCCUCGCUGCCGCAUGAAGACUUUGCCGCCGUGCAGGUCCCCACCCGACCCUCCCUCCCACCCCCUGUCCGCACGGCCCUACAGCGCAUAGAGUGCAUCAGCGGGCGGGAGGGUGAGCGGUACCACCUGGACUCGCACGUGCCGCGCGCCAGCAGAGGGCCGCUGCUCGCCGUGCGCGUGCACGCCGGGCGGCUGUUUGCACUGCAUGCGGGCGGCGUGCACGUGUUCCGCCUGCACCGGGCGGCGCAGCGGGGCGGAGGAGCGGGGGCAGGCAGGGGUGCGGGCGGGGAUGGGGGGUAUGAGGUGCGGGGGCGGGGUUACCUGCAGCAAAGGGCAGGGCAGGGGAGGAGAGGUAGAGACAGAUGUGGGAGUGCAAUGGCGGGCAUGGCAGCAGCGACCACGCAAGCCCCUGUGCAGAGAGCGGUUGAGUGCGGUGCGACGGUGACGGGAAGAGAGAGCGGAGGGGCAGAGAAAGAAGCAGCGGUGGUGCUCCGUCCCCAGGCAUGGCACAGUGGUGCUGCUGAGGGGUCUGAGGGCUCACCCGGCAAUGAGGGGCAGCAGGGAAGAGAGAGCGGUUAUGGAAGGGAGGAGGGGUAUGAAACAGAGGAGGGUGUGGAUGGGCAGGAGGGUGAAGGGGGGCAGGAUGGCAUUGCGAGGGCCGUGGAGUGUGACAGCGGUGGUGGUGGAGAUGGUGGUGGAGUGGGCAGUGGGGGGAGCGAGGGGGUGGAGGAGCGGAGGCUGGUGGGGGUGGUGGGCAGGCGGGUGAAUGGGCUGCUGCACCCGGCCAUGGAUGUGGUUGGGGAUAGGCUGCUGCUCGUCUCUGCUAACCACCCGCCAUGUCUGUAUUCAUGUCCCUGA